GGAGCCGCGGGAGCCGCGACAUGGCGGCGGCCGGGUGCGGCGGGAGCCGGGCGGACAACGGGUACGGCGGGCAGCAGGCGCGGCGCAGGAAGGGCCCCGGCGCGCUGGCCACGGGCUACCUCGUUAUCUACAACGUGGUGAUGACGGCGGGAUGGCUUGUUAUUGCAGUUGGUCUCGUUCGGGCAUACCUGGCUAAAGGCAGCUACCACAGCCUUUACUAUUCAAUAGAAAAGCCCCUGAAAUUCUUCCAAACUGGAGCGUUGCUUGAGAUUCUGCACUGUGCACUUGGCAUUGUUCCCUCUUCUGUUGUUCUGACUGCUUUCCAAGUGAUGUCAAGGGUUUUCCUGACGUGGGCAGUAACACACAGUGUGAAAGAGGUACAAACUGAAGACAGUGUCCUCUUGUUUGUAGUGGCCUGGACAAUCACUGAGAUUAUCCGCUACUCUUUUUACACGUUUAGCUUGUUAAACCAUCUCCCUUAUCUCAUCAAAUGGGCCAGGUACACUCUGUUUAUAGUAUUGUAUCCAAUGGGAGUCUCAGGCGAAUUACUCACAAUAUAUGCUGCAUUACCCUUCGUCAGGCAGUCUGGCUUGUAUUCCAUUAGUUUACCUAACAAGUACAAUUUCUCUUUUGACUACUAUACGUUCUUGAUCCUGGUUAUGAUUUCUUACAUUCCAAUCUUUCCUCAGCUGUAUUUUCAUAUGCUACACCAGAGGCGAAAGGUACUCUCCCACACUGAAGAACAUAGGAAGUCGGAGUAAUUCCAACACUUUUUCAGAACUUUUCAAACAUCAAAAUGCUGCAGUUUUUCAAUACCCAGCACAUUUGUAAAGAAUAUGCCAAGAUAAGUCAGAGGUAAAAGACCAAUAAUUUAGCAAGAAUAACCAAUAAAUCUGAUUCCAGUAAAAUCCCAAGUGUAAAACAUUGAAAUAUUUUCAGCUUACAGUGCUUCAGAAAACUUUUAAACUUUAUAUGGCUUGGCAGUUAACAUUUUCCUUAAAUGAUGUGCUAAAUGAUUUUCAUUUAUUAUUAAAUGCCUGAAGGUUGCAGUAUGAGUGAUGAAGUUGUACCCACUAAAUGCCUGAAUUGGGAUUAUAUUACCAAUACCUCUUUUUUUUAAGUGCUUGACUGCAUGCCAGAAACUGUAUGUAUUGCUGUGAAAGCAAACAAUAUGCUCUGGAAUAUUUCAGGAUAAUGUCAGAGACUUCAGUGGAGAAUGUAAUCUGGCCAAAGUGUUUGAAUUUAGAAAGGUAGGUUGUGUAUUUAAAAGGUGACAGGAACAAGAACAAGAAACCAAUUAUGGGAAAUGAGGGGAAUGUAGUUCUUUAGGAAUUUAAACAGUACAGUGUCUGACCAGAGUGUGUUCUCUGAAGAUCUUGUUUAAGCUGAGUACACAAAUGCAAAUGUUAAUUCAGAGGCUGUAAUGCUUAUCUGAAACAUUAAAACUCCUUUUAAUUACUGCA